AUGUUCUGCAACGUAUCUUUCAACAUAACUGCGGACUGUUCGCAUCCCCAAUGGCACUUUUUGCCGGUGUGCAGCACCGUCUUGACCUUUCUCAUCGUACUAUGCAACGGCGCGGUCUUAAUCACCUUUUUCCGCGCCCGAAUCUUAACCACGCCCUUCAACGUCUACCUCCUGAACCUCCUUCUGACCAACCUUUUACACGCUAUCCUCGUCAACCCGCUGGACAUCGCCGCCAUGUUGUUCCCGCGCUGGCCUUACAGCAGCGCCACCUGCACGCUGUAUCUGUACUUCCAGCGCACCGGCGACGCCGUCAUGAUCAAUUCGCACGUCUUGAUCUGCGUCAACCGCCUGUGGGCGGUCGCGGCGCCCCUCUCCUACCGUCUGCACCACACCCGCCGGCUGGCGGUGACGUUAUGCGCCGGAUUGUGGCUGUGGGCCAACUCCCUGUUGCUCCCGCAGAUUGUGCAAGAUGCGCUGUUCGUCCGCCCGCCGGGCGUCUGCCACCUGGACGUCCGCCCGCAGUGGGCGCUGGCCGUCAGCGGACACUUUCUCCUCUUCGUCUUCCCCCUGAUUUUAAUGAUAACCUCGUAUCCGCUUCUGCUGUGUCUCCGCAGACGCCGGCCGCGCCGGAUUUAUCAGGAAAGCGACUUCGGGAAUUCGUUUCAAAUGCGCGGACGGUGCGACAGCGAGGACAUCCCAGCUCCGGCGCGCCGGAAACAUCGCUCUAAAGCGUUCACUAUCUUAACGCUGCUGACCGUCAGCGUGACGAUCUGCUGGAGUCCGCUGUUGAUUUUAUUCACCAUGACCUUUUUUAUGGAUUAUUUCGACAGUGCGUUCUACCAAAUUGGAUCGGUGUUGUUUCUGCUGGAACCCCUAUGUGAUCCCUUAUAUUUCGCCAUCGUUUUACACGAUCUGCGAAAAGCUUUUGGACUGACCUUUGCGACAACCAGCGGCGUCGAAAGCACCUCCAGUGCUGUAAAAUAG